AUGUUGUCUAUGGUUGUUUACGGAUCAUGGAAGAAGAAAGCGUGGCGAUUCCAUGGCAGAAAGGGGAUGUCCUCUUGA